AUGACUUCUAUCCCUUUACAUCUCGAAGGUCUUGAUGACUACAAACCAUGGGACAUAGGUGUACAUCUCUUCAACGUCUUCAACGACCUCAUUCAACCCACAGCUUCGCAAAUCUCUCCACGCGAAGCUGCAGAGAAAAUCAACAUGCUUUACCCAGAUAAAGAGAAAGAGGGUGGUUUGUAUCGUGAGGAGACCGCAUCGUUUUUUCUCGAGUUGGACGAUAUGCAUGUCAAGCUUGCAUCACAAGUCCCCUACCAAAGACCAGAGAUGAAUAGAUUAGUUGAACUAUUUUUCGAGAUUCGAAAACUACCCUUGUUCAUAGGGAGCGGAUUGGUCCAGCCACGAUUGAGGAGUGGUCCCGUGAAAUACGACGUGCGUGCUAUAACACUCCGAAAGGAUCAAAAUGAAAAACGGUUUAAAUUUCGAAACUUAUCGAGUUUUCUGGCGCGAUUGGCGAAAGCUGGGUUUGAGGACAGUAAUAUGUUGUAUGCACUGACUGCAUUGCAAGAUGCAUUGGAGUAUGAAUUCGAAGCUUCUAACGCAUCCCAUGUGCUUUCGAGUGAUUAUCUCGUACCGAUAGCAGCGGAGUGGAUCAUCAUGGCUGGGGAAUUAAUGCCUUUGAAUGGAGGAAAUAUGGGUGGGGAUAGGGAAAAAGAGGCGGCGGAGAGGAUGAGGUGCAUUGAAGAACAGAAAUCUAAGGUUGAGAACAAUCAAACAGUUUCGGCGAUGGAUAGCUAG